ACCCAUGAAGGAUUAUCUGUACGCUAUCAUUACGGGCAGAACGACGGGGAUUAUUCCGUCCCUUCUGAUCGGCUUGCUGACUCCACUAAGUUAUAUCUACGCCGCUGGUCCUCAAGACGCGUGGUUGGCUCUACGAUUGCGGGACUUCUGAAACAAAAACAACUCCCUUGCACAGUGAUUAGCGUCGGAAAUAUCGUCGCCGGCGGCACGGGCAAAACACCGGCGGUUAUUUGGAUAGCGAAGUAUCUGCAAAGCGAAGGAUUUCAGGUCGGGGUGCUCCUGCGCGGUUACAAGCGAGCAGGUCAUCAUUCGAUCUCGGUUGUAUCCGAUGGGAAACAGAUUUUGACGCCUGUGACAGAGAGUGGCGAUGAGGCUGGGAUGAUAGCCCGCAAGCUACCGGGUGUUUCCAUCGUGAUUGGGAGUGAUCGCUAUGCUGCGGGGCUUGAAGUGAUUCGGCUUUGGGGGCACACGGAAGGCGUACUUAUCUUGGACGAUGGCUUUCAGCGGCGACAGUUGGCACGAGAUUUGGACAUCCUUACAAUUGACAGCACUCAGCCCUUUGGCACAGGAAAACUGCUCCCGGCAGGAACGCUACGCGAACCGAAAACUGCUUUGAGACGAACAGAUAUUCUCUUGCUGACGAGGACAGACCUUGCGGCAGAACCUGUCAACUUUAAGCGGUUUGUAAGAGGGAAACAGGUUUUCCAGACCUGUCACCAACCCACAAGGUUGUAUCAACUGAGUACCGGUGAAGAAUGUGAGCUAGAGCUGUUAAAAGGGCAGCACAUCCUUGCGGUAUGUGGAAUCGGUAACCCUGAAGCCUUUGUUGGAACGCUUCGCCAGUUUGAACCGAAGGCUGUGGAACUUCUCGCGUUUCCCGACCAUCAUCGCUACGCGUCGGCAGAUCUCAAGGAUAUUAACGCGAGGGCAGGUGAAGUUGGGGUAGAUCUGAUUGUGACAACUGAGAAGGAUUCGCAGAAACUGGAAGCCUUUGCAGCAGCAACGCAGUUUGUUGUGUUAGAAAUUGAACUCGAAGUUAAGACGAACUUAGAAGCCUUAAAAAAACGGUUAAAGCAGGUCAUUACUGAAUCGCGAUCAGAAAUGUAA